AUGCCAGAGGUCACUAUAGAAACUCCUAAAGGCCAGAAGAAUAAAACAGCAAAACUUGAAGAAGAAGACUUGUCUUUAGUUGCUUCUUUGAGCAAUAAGGAUCAAAUUUCAGAUGAACAAACAAAACAAACAACAUGUGAGAUGCCUACAUCCAAUCAUGAACUAAAAAACAAAAAUACUAUGAACAACUCCAUGGAGAAACUUGAAACAAUGAAUACAAAAGAUGUAAACAUCGUAAUGCAAAAUGAAACAACAUCAGACAUAGAGAUGUUAACAAGCAACAAUAAACAAGAAAGUCAAUUAGAACAUCAAAUAGAAUCAACUGAGAACAAGCCAAAUAUAGAACAUAAAAAUGUACCAGUGGACUCAUUUGCAAAUAAAGAGAACAAACAAGGUUUUACAGUAGUUUCCAGAAAAAAGCAUAGAAAUAAAAGCAGAAUCACAAUCCCAAAAGUGGGAAGAACUACAGUUCUAGAAACAUCUGCUUCCUAUACAAAAGCCAGAGGAUUGCAAUAG